CUUUUUUGUGUUUGUUGAAAUGACUAGCCAGGCAGACGUGUCAUCUCUACGUACAACUAUGAAGUUGUUAGUUGCUGUUGUUGUUGUCUUUCUUGCUUUCGCUGCAGCAGAAGUUACUGAAGAAGAUGACGUGCUUGUAUUGAAUAAAAAGAACUUUGAUGAUGUUAUUAAGGCCAAUCAAUUUGUUUUGGUUGAGUUCUAUGCUCCCUGGUGUGGUCACUGCAAGGCUCUUGCCCCAGAAUACAGUGCAGCAGCUAAAAAAUUGAAGGAAAAUGGUUCGCCGAUUAAACUUGCUAAAGUGGAUGCUACUGUUGAAGAAGAACUUGCGUAUAAGCAUGGUGUUAAGGGAUAUCCAACUCUGAAGUUCUUCCGAAACGAACAACCUAUCGACUUUGGUGGUGAAAGAGACUCAGAUGCGAUUGUGAGCUGGUGCUUAAGAAAAUCCAAACCUUCCGUGGACUAUAUUGAAUCAGUCGAAAGUUGUAAACAAUUUGUCGACAAAGCUACAAUUGCUGUACUUGGAUUUAUCAAGGAUACGGACUCUGUAAAUCUGGCGGAUUUCGAGAAAGUGGCAGAUGAGUUAGAUGAUGCUGAUUUUGCAGUAGCUAACGCCAGUGAUAUUUUAACUGAGUAUGGUAUCACACAGACACCAAAAAUCGUUUUGUUUAAAAAUUUUGACGAUAAUCGUGUUGAGUAUACAGGAGAAACACUUGAAAAUCUAAAGCAUUUCGUUCAGGUGGAGAGUGUACCGCUUGUAUCAGAAUUCUCCCAAAAGACAGCAGGAGUUGUAUUUGGAAGUCCAGUCCAAAAACACAUUGUCUUCUUCCUCUCAAAAUCAACAGACCACUCAGAACUGGUUGAUAGAUUAACCAAAGUUGCGAGACAGUUCAAAGGCAAGCUUCAUGUAAUAUACGUCGACGUGGAUGUCGAAAGUAAUUUACGCGUUCUGGAAUUUUUCGGACUCUCGAAAAGUGAUGCCCCAACUUACCGAAUCAUUGAACUAGGUGAAGAAACAACUAAAUAUAAGCCAGAUUCUAACGAUUACUCUGUUUCUGCAAUGUCCGAUUUUGUUCAAAGAACAAUUGAUGGAAAAGUUAAACCUUUCCUUAUGAGUGAAGAAAUACCAACAGAUCAAACAGGUGCUGUUAGAGUUCUUGUCGGUAAAAAUUACAACGAUGUAGUUAAAGACAAAACAAAAGACGUGUUUGUUAAAUUGUAUGCUCCUUGGUGUGGUCAUUGCAAAGCUCUUGCUCCAGUCUGGGAUGAAUUAGGUGAAACUUUCAAGAACACGGAUACAGUGAUCGCAAAGAUGGAUGCUACAAUAAAUGAAGUGGAAGACCUUAGAGUUACCAGUUUCCCAACUCUAAAGUUUUAUCCCAAGAAUUCAGAUGAGGUGAUCGAUUACACCGGUGAUCGAUCUUUUGAUGCCUUGAAAAAAUUUGUCGAGUCUGGCGGUAAAUCAUCCAGUGAAUCGGCAACUAAAGAAGACGAUCAAUUAAAGGAUGAACUUUAAAGUGUGUUACACCAUGUAAGCAUCACUAGCGGCAACAGCAGCAGCUUUAUUUUGCUCUGAUCUUCAGCCUACUUUGUGCUGCUCUUGCGGAUCUGUUUUGUUGUAGUUGUGUUUCGUUUCGUUUUUUCUAUUUUGCUCUCCAUUUCUGGUCAAUAUAAGCUAUGAAUAUUCAAUCCUCACAAUUAUCUAGUAAUAUUAUUUGUAGUCAUGCUGUCUGUCUGUUAUUUCUUAUUAAAUGCUGUUCGAUACACACACACGCACACUGCAUUUCCGUGAGAAUGUUACUCAUUUUCUCUUGUCUUCUGUUUUUUUUGUACCAUCUUUUAAUUGUAUUACUUUGUAAACAUUUUUCUCAAAUUGUGCAAAAUUAAAUUUGUAUUAUUUAUUUGUAAAUUCAAGUUUUGUAUAAUGUGUGUGUGUGUGCGUGUGUAAACAUGGAAGAAUGUAUACUGUGUCUGGAUGUUGCAAGUGCCACGUGUUAGUGCUUAUACUGGACAGCGUGAUGAUGAGAGCGUUGUAUUCAUUGGGAUUAAGAUUUUUGCAGUUGCAUUGUGAAGUUGUUUAUUGUGUCGAUAAUUGAUACACAUAUUCUAGACUUGGUAAAUUGUGGUCUCUGUUUUUGGCGGUGUACAUACUUCUCAGUAAUUUCCGAUUUCCUAGACAGUUGAAUUAUGUUUCUUAUCCACUGGUAGAAUGAGAAAUUG